CGUCGCGUCGAAUCCCCGCGACCCACCACUCGCCUGUGCGCUGCGAGUGACUGGUGCGCGAGCCGCGUGGUGCCCUCCUGCGCAACCAAACCACGUAACCCCGCGACCCACCACUACACCUCCCCCCCUCCAGUCUCCAGCUCGCUCCGCGCGCUUCAUCCUCCACUUCACUCCCCUCCCCGUGCCGCCGACCACCGCCGGAGCCCCGCCCCCUUUCCCCCCGCUUCGGCCCCCGCGACUCCACCGGUGCAGGAGCUAGGGUUCCGGCGCCGUGCGCCGGGGCAUGAGCAGCCGCCGCCGCCCCGCAGGAUCUAGGGUUCCGACGACUCCGCUCACGGAUGGAGGGCGGUAGAAGCGCGGGCGAAUCCCCCUCGGCAUACACCCAUGGAUCAUGACGAUAAUGAUUUUCAGAGCCAAAAUUUCCAACUAGCUGGUGAAGACAAUAGCAAAUUCCCACCGGGUUUGCGGCCAUCUGCACUGCCAGAACUUGAUAUUGACGACCAACUACAAGGCCACCUUCGGUUUGAUAAUUUGAUAGAUUCAGAAGUAUUUUACAGCGUACAGGGGCACGAGAGUAGUUGGAUUGAGGUUUUGUCCUCUGGAAGUAGUGUUGUUGAUUUUUGUUCUAGUGCUGCUGAAUCUUGCUCCAUAUCUAAGACUAAUAAUGUAUGGUCAGAGGCAACAUCCACAGAAUCGGUGGAAAUGUUAUUGAAAUCGGUGGGAGAAAAUGAGAUGACUGGUAACAUGGACGGUAAACAUAUUCAGUUAAGUGGUAUGGACAGUCAAAUUGAUCCAUCUAACGUGCAGCCUAAAUCCAGCAACUCUCCAACAGAUAGCACUGUGAUGCCAACUGAGAACGAUCACUCUCAGAGUACUCAAUCUAGAAUAACAGACGAUCCUGAUUGUUCUCAGAACACUCAUUCUAGAAUGACUGUUGAUCCUUCAAGCACUCAACCUCAGAUUGAACAUUUUGCACCUUUCUUGAUGGAGGAGAAAGCUGAACAGGCAGCAGGGUCAAUUUUAUCAGAUAGGACCUCUACUUUUGUGUUGGAGUCUGUUGCUGAGAAGUGCAUUGUAAGUGAGAAGUUGUCCUCCUGUUCAAACAAUGCAUCAGAAAGCUGCCCAGUUGUUGCCAACUAUUUUGAGGCGGUCCAUGAUGACCGUUCUUUGGAGAAACUCAACGUGCCCUCAGCUGAAGUAGAUUCUAGGAAGUUAAAUAAUGAACCUUUCCCAGAGUUAGCUCCGCUUCAGAACAUUUAUGUCACCGAUUCAUAUCAUUUUGAGCAAGAUAAUCAAGAAUCUGAGGGUGGUAUUACUCCUCAGCAUUCAAAGAUUUGUCAUAUCAAUGAAAAUAAAGUCGAAGGAGGACUACAUAAAUUGCAAAAUUUGUCAUGUAGUGGUCAGCCUUCGAACUUAUCCAGUCAAGUAGGCAAUGAAACUCUAUCGUCAGAAAGUUCUGUCGGAUUACUAGAGGCCAUUACGAAUCCUGUUAAGAUGCUGCACAGGAAUGAUGAUACUUGUAAGAGAGUCAGCGGCACUUUGCAACCAUCUUUUUCACCAGUGCAACAUGCUGCUGAAGGCCUGAAAAGGUCAAUUGACAGGAACAAUGAACUCGUCGUUAAGGAGUUUGUUAUUGGUUCCAACUCUGCUCUAUCUAACCAAUCUGAGCCAAAUUCGAGAAAUUUUAAUCCUCAUCUUGUUACUUCUCUGUCAACCGAAAGCAGCAAGCUGAUUCAAUCUCCCAAAAGAAAGCUUGCUCAUGCCACUGGUGUUCCUGAAGAAAUAAAGAAUGCUGGGUCCGAUAAUACACACAUCUUCAGUGGUGAUGAAUCAAAACUUGGAGCGUUGGAGCACCAUCAAGAUUCUGUUGAUAACCUAAAAAGUGGUGACACGGAAGAAAAAACAGUUAGGGAGGAAAUGUCGGCAGUUUCAGACAACAUUGAGCAAAUGGUGGAAAAUAAUCAUGACGAAAAUGCUGCAGGUGCUACUGGUACAUCAAAAGAUAAGUUUGACUCUUCGGAACAUACUGCACCUGGCACAUUUUCAGCUGACACUUUUGACACUUCAGAGGAUCCAAACAUUCCCUCGGUAAAUCGUGAGGGGUCACUCAAGGAAAGUGACACUCCUGCUUUAGAAGAGGAACCCGAAAACAAACUUUUGGUCCUACCCGCUUCUGGGCAUCAAGAGAAAAUGUCAGCACCGUUGAUCAAUCCAAGAAGCGACAUCGUUUCUACCACUGUUACUGGCACUUCCGAUAAUUCAGACGAUAAGAAUGGUUGUUCAGGAGGUGUUUCUCCUGAUGAUUCUUCUGCUGCUUUACCUGAUGAGAAGGAGUUGAGAAUGCCCACAUUGAAUCAUGAGGGGUUAUUCAAGGAAGGUGCUAAAUCCGCUUUAGAAGAUGAAGACCACAAUGUAAUUUCUCCUGGCUCUGGAUCAGGGGGCAAAGUGUCAGCAGUGUCAGUGAAUUCAAACAUUGAUGCUGUUUGUAGUGAUACCUUUUCUGUUUCAAAAAAAGAGGAAUACAAGGAGCAGGCUAAUACUUUGGGUUGUUUGACCACAGGGGAAAUGCAUGAUAAAUCAGGCAAACAUCCAGAUCCUUAUUCACAGAAAUGCCAGACUGAUGGAUCCUUGAUACAGUCUGAACAUCAUAUAGAUGUAGUCACUCCAUCCGCAGUAGGUACCUCAAUCAACAAGGCUGUUGAAAAGAUUGUUGAAACUCCACUGAAUGCAAGGGAUCAUUUGAAUGCACACGUGCAAGAUACAGUGUUAAAUCAUGGUACAGAUCAUAGUCCUGGUACUGUUCCAUCCCAUGGCAAGCUAGGCUCAAGCUUAUUAGAACCUGGGAGCGGUGAUGGAAUCUGUACUGAGGUGGCAUGUGAUUCCUCUUCAGUGAUUAGCUGCACUGAGCCCUCUCCCCAAGAAGGUGGACAUGGUAGUAAUGCUUUGCUUCAUCAGACACUAGAUGAACAAUCUGAAGAUCCAAAAGAUCGACAAUGUUCUACCAGAAAUGUAGAACCUGCUACCGUUUCUGAGGAGACUAAUACAGCAGGAGAUGAUAGAAGUUUCUCAUUUGAGGUCGGAGCUCCACCAAAUGUAUCUGAGAAAGUUCAUAGCCCUGCUUGGAGCCCUAUCCCUAGAUACAGAGCUUCUCAGAGUACUGAGAUAACCGCAGAAAAUCCUCAACCUGGAAAUCCUGGAAGUUCAAUGAAGAAUACCGGUGAUGAUAGUAAAAAAACAUCUACUGUGGAGGCUGGUAAAGAACAGCUGCCAGAAAGGAAAGUGACUGAAAGUUCAAUGAAGAAUACUGGUGAUGAUAGUAAAAAAACAUCUAUUGUGGAGGCUGGUAAAGAACAGCUGCCAGAAAGGAAAGUGACUGAAAGUGUUGGGGGCCCCUCAGACAGCUCUAAUAUUGGCAAUAGUACCAGGACUAAAAGUUCGCCGCCAGUUCAGUCACAACAGCAUCCAACCCCUGAGUGCUCUGUUUCUUCUGCAGAUUUGGUGAAUCUACCUUUCACAGAUGCACAGCAUUUGCAGCUACGUGCACAGAUAUUUGUUUAUGGAGCUAUUAUUCAAGGGACACCACCAGGAGAGGCUUACAUGGUGGCAGCUUUUGGAGAACCUGUAGGAGUAGGUGAUGGUAAGCCUACAUGGGAGGUAGCUUGGCGAGCUGCUCUUGAAAGAUUUCAGUAUCAGAAAUCACCUUUUCCCGGCUUAGAGACCCCCACAAGCUCACGUAUAGGUAGUGUUGUGCCUGAAAAAACUAGUAAGGGGACAAAAGUUAGAACUGCGCCAGCUAGCAAAAAAGGUGGCAAAACUGUGUUGCCAGCACAUUCUGCUGUGGCCUUGCACUCACCAACUUUCAAUGUGCCUCCUGGUAGUUCUACAUUUAACCUGCAACGAGGUACUCAUUUGGAUUUUAGCCAGGCUGUAUCACCAGUAUUUACAUAUAAUUCACACAUGAGGCAGCCUUCUGCUGGUGUUCCGCCUUUGUAUCCUCAGAGCCCUGGUCCACGUCCUGCACCCUGGCUGGUUCCACCACAGAACUUAAUAUUUGAUUCAUCGAUGCAACCAGCUGUGCCUACAAAUGAAACUGCAAAGGGAGCAUCUUCCAAAAAUAUAUCCAUUUCACAUGCUGUUUCACCUGGUGUCUUUCUUCCCAGUCCAGCACCUUCUAUUGUUUCUCCUCCAUUGGCAGUUGUACAUGAGGAAAAACAGAAGGCACCGGCAUCUACUUCUAAGCAUGGAAAAGCAUCGCAGAAGCCAAGAAAAAGAAAGAAAGCUUCAGCAAGUCCAGAACAGCAACAUGUCAUUGCUUCCCCUCAGCUCAAAACGGACAUGGUGUCUUUUACUCCUGCCACGAAGGAUACACCAGGCUUCACCUUAUCUACUCAUUCUCCAAGCAAUGCUUUGGGCAGCAGGCUUGUUCCUAACACAGGUCAGAUCACCUCUGUGCCUAACUACCAGAUUGCUGGUAGUAUGGAUGCUGAACAAAGAAUAUUUUUUUCAGAACAGAUUCGUGGUGCAAUAGAACAAUCAACAGGACAAGCCAAAGGUGCAAGUGUGCACUCUACGGAGGCAGUUAGGCACAAAGAAAGUGUAUGGAGCCACCUAUCAACAAUCUCAAGAAACAAGUUAACUCCAGAAGUUGAAGAGAAGCUUACCUCAGCUGCUGCUGCUGCUGAAGCAGCAGUUUCUGUUGCAAAGGCAGCUGCAGAAGCUGCCAGGAUGGCGUCCGAGGCUGCAUUGCAGGCGAAGAUGAUGGCAGAGGAAGCUCUUAGCUCUUCUAAAUCUGUGAAUUCCUUGCAAAAUCGUGAAGCUGGUGAAUUUAAUUUCAAUAGCAACCCACCUAGCUUGUCAAAUUUAACACCAGCAUCAUGGAAAAUUAAGGACAACAGUCAUGCCCCGGGUUCCAUUGUUUCGGUGGCACGAGAGGUUGCUAGAAAGAGGGUUGAAGAGGCAUCUGCAGCUGCAAAACGUGCAGAAAACUUGGAUGCUAUACUGAAAGCUGCAGAGCUUGCUGCUGAGGCCGUGUUCAAUGCAGGAACCAUUAUUGGAAUGGGUGAACCUUUACCGUUUACUCUAAGCGAGCUUUUGGAAGCUGGUCCAGAUGGCUACUGGAAGUCUGAGCGGGCGAGGAAUAAGAAAGCUGGAAGUGGCAAUGAUAAUCCGGCGGUAACAGAAACAGUGGUGGUAGAUGUGCCUGCUGAUUUCAACAAAUCUGGCAGAAAGCGUGGCCGGAAACCUAAAUAUGAUCAAACUCUACUGAAUUCAGAGCCAUCUUCAAGUGGCAAAGAAUUGCAGCCAGAUGGAAUGCACUCAGGACAUGGGGUUAAAGAUGUUCCCACCACUGCAUCACUUGAUGGCAAAAGUAAUGAUACAGCACCAAUAAGCAUUAUCUGGAAUGGCAUUGAAAAGGGAUCUGCUGUCGAGGUUCUAUCUGACGAGGGUGGGUUUGGAGUAGCUUGGUUUUCUGCCAAGGUUGUUGAUAUAAAUGAAGAUAUUGCGUUCAUCAGCUAUGACAAUCACAGUGAAGGAACUGGUCCUCGCAAAGAACAGGUGCCAUUGAAGCAAGAGGGGGAUAAGGCACCUCAAAUACGCCUUGCUCAUCCUGCUACCCUCUCUAAAUUCAAAACUAGGAAGCGCCGUAGGGAAACUUUAGGAAAUUGUUCCUGGGUUAUUGGAGACCAUGUAGAUGCUUGGGUCAAAGAUAGAUGGCGAGAGGGAGUUGUUGCUCAGAAUUAUGAAGCUGAUGAAACAAAAUUUGUUGUGCAAUUUCCAGCUGGAGCUGGUGCUGAUUCCUUAGUUGUUGAUGCUUGGAAUCUUCGUCCAUCACUUGUUUGGAAAGAUGGCCAGUGGACAGAGUGGUCCCGAGCAAGAGAAAGGAAAUCUAAAUCUAAUAAGGGUGAUUCACCUCUUGAGAAACGCCGAAGGACAGGACUGCAGCAAGCAGGUGGCGAUCUACCUGUUGGUGGUGAAGCAGGAGGUCCUUCUAAGGACAAGAGUACCAACAAUGCAAAAAAGCCAGAGGAACCAAAGCCAUUGGCUUUGUCUCAGAGGGACAUGAUUUUCAACAUUGGGAAGAGUGUAGUUGAGAAUAAAACUGAUGCUCUUGCAUUCAAGCGGCCGGGCUUACAGAAAGAAGGAUCAAAGGUUGUCUAUGGUGUUCCGAAACAUGGAAAGAAGAAAAAGUUUAUGGAAGUAAGCAAACAUUAUGUUGCAGGCCAAGCUGACAAGAUUUCUGAGGCUAGUGUACCUAACAGAUAUGCGAAACAUUUGAUGCCACAAUUACCAAGACCGCGGGACAAUACUUUCAAAGUUGAUCAUAGAGGGAGGAGGGUCGGCGAGAUGAGGUCUAGAGUACCUAAACCUUCAAAGUCUCAGAAUGUUGCAGCUAACAGUGUUCCUGACAAGGAUCCUUUACCCUUGUCUGUCCCAAAUCCUGGUGUUUUUGAAAGGAGUUUUGCUUUUGCUGGAAGUACGACAAGCGCUUCCGUCAUUGAGAAGCCUACUGUAGAAAAAAAUAAAGCUGCGCUUGGCACUGGCCUUAGAACUGAAGAAACUUCUGUUUCUGAAAUGCAAGCUGCAUCUACUGUUCCUACUUCCAAGCAGAAUGUAUCCAUUACUAAUCGAACUAAGAGGAAAUAUGUUCCUACUGUGGAUAACAUAAACAGAAAUAUACUCAAAACUUCUGAAAGGACUACUAGUUCUGAUUCUGCUGAACCCAGAAGGUCCAAACGGCGAAUUCAACCAACUUCAAGGUUACUAGAGGGUCUUCAAAGUUCUCUUAUAAUUUCUAAAGUUCCUGGCGAGAAGGGUCCUAGGAGCCAGUACAGAGGUCCUUCGUCAAGAGGGAGAACUCAUGGCUGAGAAAAGGCGCUACAGAGCUGUUUUUGGUGAGAUAACUCUCCGCCAUUGUACAUAACCGUAGCUUGCUUGCUGCGUAUGGAAGCAGAAUGAUAGGAUUGGAGUAAAACACUUCAUUGGAGCUCGAGGAUUCAGAUGUAUUAUAAACUAGCUUAAGUUAGUAGCUUUAUGGAUGUUUUUUUCCUUGUACUUCACAAAAUUCUACCGUGUUGUAGAAUAGCCAGUGAGUCAGUGACCUCUUAGAACCUUCCUUUUGGUCUGUAUGGAUACACUGGUAAAGAAAUUGCGUGUGGUUUAAACUCA